CAUGCAAAUCUCGCCCAGUCGCACCUUCGUAGGAGCCUUACCUCUCUCUCUCUCUCUCUCUCUCUCUCUCUCUCCAUUCCGUAGUAUCCCUCUGUUCGACCCUUUUACUUAGCAUUCCCUGUUUCCGGUAUUCGCUCCCUUUUUUUUUCUGCAUUCUGUCUGGUUUUACUUAGAUCUCUGUCCCGCACCAGAUCUGGUGCAGGGUGAGAGGGUUGGGUUCAUUAAUUUUGUAUCAAUCUUCCUUCUGAGCGGUAGGCGUGGGGAUACCAGAGUCUUUUCGGGAAGCAAGAGAGGGUUCUCUCCGUUUUCAAUAGAUCUCUCACUGUCUUCUUUUGAGGGGGAAGCCGGGGCCUCGGCCUCGGCGGCUUUCAAAGCCCCCACCUUCACAGCCCUAUCAACAAAACCCUAACCCUAUUUUUUUCUUCUUCAUUUUCUAAUUCAAUUUUGAUCGUCGCCGUCACUAGAGAUGCCUGUCCUGGCUUGUUGCGUGGAUGCUGCAGCACCUCCCGGCUAUGCAUUUGCCGGUGACAUCUCUUUUCCGGCGCCGAUCGCCUUUACUGGCGUACCUCCGGCCACGGCAGACGACACCAACAACAGCAACAACCAUUGGUCGCCGUCUCUCUCCGCCGCCCUUUACAACGUCGACGGCUGGGGCGGCCCCUACUUCGCCGUCAACACCGCCGGGAACAUCUCCGUUCGCCCACAUGGUUCCGACACGCUGUCGCACCAGGAGAUCGAUUUGCUGAAGAUUGUGAAGAAGGCCUCCGAUCCCAAAUCUCUCGGGGGUCUCGGCCUUCAGCUACCCCUCAUUGUCCGCUUCCCGGACGUUCUCAAGAACCGGUUGGACUCCCUCCAAUCGGCUUUCGAUUACGCAAUCCAAUCUGGAGGGUACGAGUCUCAUUACCAAGGAGUUUACCCCGUGAAAUGCAACCAGGACCGGUUCGUGGUGGAGGAUAUUGUUAAAUUCGGUUCGUCCUUCCGGUUCGGUCUGGAGGCCGGCUCCAAGCCGGAGCUCCUUCUGGCCAUGAGCUGUCUUUGCAAAGGCAACCCCGACGCGCUUUUGAUUUGCAACGGCUUCAAGGAUGCGGAGUACAUUUCUCUUGCCCUGGUUGCCAACAAGCUUGCGCUCAACACCGUGAUUGUUCUGGAGCAGGAAGAGGAGGUUGAUUUGAUCGUUGAAUUGAGCAAGAAGCUCUGCAUUAAGCCCGUGAUUGGGCUUCGUGCGAAGCUUAGAACCAAGCAUUCUGGGCAUUUCGGUGGGACUUCAGGAGAGAAGGGGAAGUUUGGGCUCACCACCGCACAGAUUCUGAGGGUUGUGAAGAAGCUGGCCCACGCAGGCAUGCUGGAUUGCUUGCAACUGCUGCAUUUUCAUAUUGGUUCUCAGAUUCCCUCAACCGCGUUGCUUGCUGAUGGCGUGGGAGAGGCUGCGCAGAUCUACUGCGAGCUGGUUCGGCUCGGGGCGAACAUGCGAGUCAUCGAUAUUGGAGGUGGACUGGGCAUAGAUUACGACGGUUCCAAAUCUUGUGACUCAGAUAUUUCUGUUGAGUACGGUCUCGAGGAGUAUGCUGCAGCGGUUGUUCACGCGGUUCAGUGUGUGUGCGACCGAAGGUCCGUGAAACACCCUGUCAUCUGCAGCGAGAGUGGGAGAGCCAUCGUGUCUCAUCAUUCGGUCUUGAUUUUCGAGGCGGUUGGCACCAGCAGCACAAACGGCGGAGGAGCUCCCCCGGCAUUGUCAGCGCAUUACCUGGCGGAGGAGCUGUCGGAGGACUACGGAUAUCUCUCGGAGCUGGCGUUCCGAGGGGACUAUGAAACGUGCCUGGUGUACACGGAGGAGAUGAAAGAGCGGUGCGUGGAGCAGUUCAAGCAGGGGACGGUGUGUAUGGAACAGCUGGCAGCGGUGGAAGGGUUGUGUGAAUUGGUGAGGAAGGCGGUUGGGGCGGCGGAAUCGGUUCGGAGAUAUCACGUGAACUUGUCUAUUUUCACGUCCGUUCCAGACGCGUGGGGCAUUGACCAGGUGUUUCCCAUUAUCCCCAUUCACCGGUUGGAAGAAAAGCCUUCGGUGAGGGGUAUUCUCUCGGACUUGACUUGUGACAGCGACGGUAAGAUUGACAAGUUCAUCAACGGAGAGUCCAGCUUGGCGCUUCAUGAAAUGGAAGGAGGAAGUUACUAUCUGGGAAUGUUUUUGGGUGGGGCUUACGAGGAGGCGCUCGGUGGAGUCCACAAUUUGUUCGGCGGCCCCAGCGUGAUCAGGGUGUCGCAGAGCGAUGGCCCUCACAGCUUCGCGGUGACGCGUGCCGUGCCGGGGCCAUCCUGUGGAGAUGUUCUUCGAGUGAUGCAGCACCAGCCCGAGCUCAUGUUCGAGACACUCAAGCACCGCGCGCAGGAGUAUGUCAGCCACGACAACGCAGCAGCGGUUCUGGCCGCUGGCCUUGCUCGCACCUUUGACAGAAUGCCUUAUCUGCUGCCUCUGUCUUCCUUUGUGGCUGAUGAUGUUGCUGCUGCUGCUGCUGUUCCUGCUGGUGAAGAUGAUGAAGAGCAGUGGUCUUAUAUAUGUGCUUGAAAUCUGUCUCGCAGUAGUCAUUCCCUUUGUUUCUGUUGCUUGUGUCUUCUUCUUGUUGUUCGUCGUGGUCGUUGUUGAGGUGUUCAAUUUUUUUUUUUUUUUAUUAUUCUGUUUUCGCUGUUUUUAGUUUAGCACAGGAUGCAGGACAAGGACAGGGUCAGUCAGUUAUUGUUCUCUGCAUUUUGUUCCCAAAUGAAAUGUCUAUGACUUUCUUCGUCAAGUUCUAGAGUAACAAAUUUUAUUGUUGCCUUGCUUGUUAUUAUACUAAGAAUAAAAAUGUUCUCUUAUGGGCAAGUUCUUUUA